CGAUUACCACCUGCCCUCACCACGCGCCAUGGCUCCCAGCGUCCUCUAUCACUGUCGGUGUCUUUCAAACCCAUCGGUACCGCCACCGCCACCUCAUCUCGCGUCGUCGUCGCACAGCUUCCACCCGUUACAUUCCUUGUUCUUUUGUGAAGAAUGCGACGCCGUACGCUGCAAUCGCUGUGUUUCUGUCGAAGUCAGCGGGUACUACUGCCCAAAUUGUCUCUUUGAGGUCCCGAGUGCUAGUGUUCGCGCAGAGAAGAAUCGAUGUGCUAGGAAUUGUUUUAUGUGCCCUAAUUGCCGCAACACGCUCUCUGUUGUAUCUUCGGACCCAUCAGAUCCAGGCGAUGGAAGACUCACAAUAACUAUGAGCACUGUCGGUGAACCACCGUUCUUUUUGUUCUGUAAUCACUGCAGGUGGGACUCUGCAGAGGUGGGAAUAACGUUCGAGAAACCAACGGGUUUAGCUGCCCAACUACAGAAAUUCGAAGACUCGGCGCCAGAUUCUCUAGAAUUCGAAAAGUUGAAAGAACACUUUGAACCAGUCAUACGCGCAUCUUCUCUUUCUGGUGUUAAUUCUUCUGCUGUCCCAAGUAGCGCCGCGCACUCACAUCACCUUCGCUCUAACUCAAUAACAGCCGCUGCUUCAGCCGCGCUUUCGCGUGACAUUCCUGGCGUUUCCAAGUAUACUCCUCAUACGCGUUCAGGGAGGGGAGCUACGAAGGAUAAGACGCCAAAUAAGGACGAGAUGCCCGAGUAUAAAAGUAGGAUGGAUGUUGAGAGUGCGAGCCAUUAUGGCUCCGGCGGUGGCGAUGUUGAUGUAGACUUUAUGAAACAUCUGGAGAACAUAUCUGAAGUGGCUAGUAUGGAGCAGCGGUGGACGUAUAGCUGGGCAACGUCUUUGCAAUCAUCGGAUUUGAGGCCUCUGCGAAUACCGUUGCAUUCUAAGCGCUCUAAACGAUGUCCAGCGUGCACACAUAUCCUCAUCAAGCCUGAACAGAAGGCGCAGUCUGUGCGGUACAAGAUUAAGCUCGUUGCGUCUAAUUACUUGCCCGCUAUCACGGUAGCCCUUCCACAUCAACAGCAAGCACCCCCGGACGUAGCACGGCGAACGAUGAAUAGAUCCACCGCAUCUGCGGCGGUAGACGAUGAUGGCGCCGCGGCGGCCAUGCAUGCAGGAAAGACGUAUCCCUUCCAUUUGGCGUUAGCGAACCCGCUCUAUGAUCCUAUUCAAGUCCGCCUUUCGGUCCAAAGAGUGCACGUUGCAGCGAGCGAUGGUGAGAAGGCUCGUCGACCACCAUUUUCUAUUGCGUUGCCAACGUCAGUGUUUCCUAUUGCUGCAUUUGCUGAAGCUUGGGAGUAUGAGGACGAUGAUGAGGAUAUGGACAUGUUUGGCUUGGAUGACGAUGAAAUAGGGCUUCGUCCUAGGGAGAAGGAAGGGAGAGGGAAGGUCAAAACUGUUGGUGUUCUAGAGAAGCGGGCAAAUGUCACUGUCGUUGGUGGCGAGGUGGUCCUCGGCAAAGAAGCACGAGGCCAUGUCAAGUUUAACCUGCUCGUCACGUACACAUACCGUUCGGACGAUCCAACGCCAUCGGAAGGAAAUGAUGGACUUGACAUUUCUCCGUCUAAAGGUUCGAAGCAGCCUCAGGCCGAAACCAAGACAUUUUCUUUCUAUACGGUAGUGGACCUUGGGGCAGUGAUACCUAGGCAAGAGCCCAAGGAGGAUACCGAUUUUUAGCCGAAUUCUAUUGGAGGAUUUUCGUUAAAUUACUGGCAUUUACAUAAAAGCACAAAAGGCAGGAAGUUCCCACAUUGACAUGGCGACCUUGACCCAUAAGCAUCAGCUGCGGGGCUGAAUUCUUCCUUCAU